AUGUCGACCUCUCAGCCCGCCGUGCGCUUGAGCUCGCACAAGUCUCUGACAUCGCGCCUCGUGCUCGCAACCCUCCUCGGCCGCACCGUACGCAUCGAUCAAAUCCGACCCAAUUCUCCCACGAACCCAGGCCUAGCACCGCAUGAAAUCUCUUUCCUCCGACUUCUCGAGGCCGUCACGAACGGCUCACACAUUGAAAUCUCCUACACGGGAACCGUCCUGCUCUACAAACCGGGCCUAAUCACCGGCUCAGCGCCGGGCAGUGGCGCCUCGAGUUCGGGCGUGUUGCGGCAUGAAAUCCCUUCAAACAACACCCGAGGACUAAGUUACUUCCUACUACCAAUAUGCCUACUUGCGCCGUUCAGCAAGGCCAAGUUCAACAUUGUCUUCACGGGACCAGGGGUGAUCACAAGUUCGACAGAGAAAUGGGGCGAUAUGAGCGUGGACAGUGUUCGGACGGCGAUUCUGCCACUCUAUGCGAAGUUCGGCAUCGAAAGAGACAUUGAAUUGAGAAUCCUGCAAAGGUCGAAUCCUGGCCCACGAGGCGUUGGCGGCGCGGGAGAAGUGCAGCUGGUAUUCGGGCACCAGGUCAGAUUACCCAAGACUUUACACUUAUUGAAUCCGGGCCGGGUCAAGAAAAUCAGAGGCGUUGCAUAUUCCACCGGCGUCAGUGGAAGCAACAAUGCAAGAAUGAUUGAGGCUGCCAGGGGGAUUCUGAAUCAACUGGUGGGCGACAUCUAUGUGUUUUCAGAUAUGAGCAGUGCCGCACUGGUGCCGGCGCCUGAGAAGAAUAACCCGAGCGCGAAAAAGAAAGUCGGUUUGGGAUUUGGACUCUCCUUGGUCGCCGAGAGUUCGACGGGUUGUCUCUAUUCUGCUGAUGCUUCUAGUCCUCCUGAGGGCGGUAAGCCGGCGGAAGACAUUGGGCGCAUGUGCGCGUUUCAACUUCUCGAGAGUGUCGAGAGAGGCGGCUGCGUCAGCCUCGAAGCUGCUCCUACUGUGAUUACUUUGAUGGCCAUGGGGUCUGAAGAUGUGGGACGAGUGCAGCUGGGGCGAGAUGUACUGGCUUCGGAACAUAUGAUUCAAUUGGCAAGAGAUUUGAAUGCCUUUGGCUCGGCGGGAUGGGGUAUCAGAGACGCUGAUGGUCAAAAGUCAGAGGGACAGCUCGUUGUCAGUGUCGUCGGCAGAGGAGUUGGGAACAUUGGUCGGAAGAUUGGAUGA